AUGGCGGCCACGGUGGCACUCCGGAAUGGCGGUGGUGUUGGCUUGGAUAAGCAGAUGGACAAUGGCAAGUACGUGCGAUACACGACGGAGCAGGUCGAGGCGCUGGAGCGGGUGUAUGCCGAGUGCCCAAAACCCAGCUCGACGCGCCGCCAGCAGCUCAUCCGGGAGUGCCCUAUACUUUCCAACAUCGAGCCUAAGCAGAUCAAAGUCUGGUUCCAGAACCGGCGGUGAGAACCUAAGCCGACUUGUUAUAUAGUCUAGUUUUUGAGGCCGAAACAGAGUUUACGGCUGGGAGUUCUUUGGCUCUAGUAGUUCACAUGUUGUUGCUUGGACGAAAACUAGUCUUCAUGGAUAAUUCGUAUACUUUUGAUUUUCUCUGUUUUAUCAGCGAAAAUUUCUAAUGGUUUUUUGAUGUGAGAUAAUCAGAGUUGGGUCUUGCGCUUAUAGUUUCUCCCCAGCCUUCCUUUGGGACGACGUUAGUGAGGAUCAAGCUCUAGGUUUUGUUUUGUACUGCAACAUAUUUUUCUUUCUUACAGUAGGAUACUGAAGACGGGUGUGUUAUGUUCAGGUGCCGCGAAAAGCAGAGAAAAGAAACUUCUCGGCUUCAGACUGUAAACCGAAAACUGACUGCUAUGAACAAGCUUCUGAUGGAGGAAAACGACCGGCUUCAAAAACAGGUUUCUCGGCUGGUGCAUGAGAAUGCUUAUAUGCGUCAACAGUUGCAGAAUGUAGGUCAUUAUAUCUAACCAAACUUACAGAGAAUUUGAUCUGCUUUGUUCUUCUCUUUUCCAUUGACACUGUCUAACUUGGUUGUACAUUCAAAAGAUCCAUAUAUGAUUAAAAUCUUGUUCUACGGUGGUCAGAAUUGAUGAUACUAGUUUAUGAUUGAUCUUUUGAUCAACGAUUGAUGAUCGUUGUCAAUCGAUAUUUACCCUUCUAUGUCAUUGCAUUAUUCUACCAUAAAAGUCCACUGUCGGCGGUUGAUGUAUUCCCUUGAAGGAUCCAUCCAACCUGAAAAUCGUCAACAGUGGGCUUUGAGAUGAUCGAAAAUUAGCCUUCUUUUUAUUUGUACAGUUUUUGCUGUCCUCGACAGGCCUCUCUUAAUACUGACACCAGCUGUGAAUCAGCCAUUACCACUCCUCAGCAUUCUCUAAAGGACAUUAGUGACCCUGCUGGGUAAGGAUGAUUCACUUAUCCUGGGGUACAUUCUGUUGCGUUGAAAUUAAUCCCUUUAGUUUUCGUCAUUUUUCCAGACUCCAGUCCAUCGCUGAGGAGACCUUGGCAGAGUUCCUCUCAAAGGCUACAGGGACUGCUGUCGAUUGGGUCCAGAUGCCUGGGAUGAAGGUUCUACCUGAUUCAUUACUUGCUAUCUGAAAAUUUAUUUUGUGUAAAUUCCCUAUCUCGUUUGUAUUCAUGAUGAUCACUACACUCCAAUCACAGCCUGGUCCGGAUUCGAUUGGAAUGGUUGCCAUUUCUCACAGUAGCAGUGGAGUGGCGGCACGUGCCUGUGGUCUAGUUAAUUUAGAACCUACAAAGGUAUUGUAGGAUCCUACAUCUCCAGUCAAUUUUCAUUAAGAACGUUCGAUAACUUGUGAACUUAGGCUUGACCUUAUAAAUGCAACAUUGAUAGUUAUUAUCUCAAUUGAAUUAUUGCAACAGAUAGGUGCAUAUAUGGAUCUGCUAACUGUUUAAUCCAUAUUUCCACGUUGAACAGAUUGCUGAGAUUCUCAAAGAUCGCCCAUCUUGGUUUAAAGACUGUAGAAAACUUGAAGUUUUCACAAUGUUCCCUGCUGGCAACGGAGGAACGAUCGAAUUGGUCUACAUGCAGGUCAGGACUCUGAAAGUGCCCUUAAUUCUCCAAGUUGAGGUUUUGCUUUUCAAGUGGAAAUCUCAUACAUCUGCUCCCAUUCUUAUGGUCAUCGCUGCUCAUGUUCAGAUGUAUGCUCCAACAACAAUAGCACCUGCUCGUGAUUUUUGGACGCUGAGGUACACCACAACUUUAGAAGACGGCAGUCUUGUGGUAUGCCCUUUCCAAAUGAUUUAAGAGUUGAAGUUACGCUUUCCUAGUGAUUGAAGGGUUGAUGACACGUUGUACACAUCAGAAAUAAUGCAAAAUGCUUUACCUAAAAAAUAUGAACGUUUAAGUAUCUAAACAGGAGCUUUUUCUUGUCAAGAUAGGCGUUAUUACACUAUGUGAAGUUUCUUGGUAAAGCAUUGGAACGCAAAUUCGGAUUGACACUUUGUAAUUUGUUUCGAUAUUCUCAUUCAAUGUGUUCUUGAAUUCGUUGUCUUAAAUUUGGGUGUUUGCUCGUCAGCUCCUGAAUCUCAUGAAAUUUUCCACUUUCUAGUUAUAAGAUAUGUGAGGUUGCCUUAUGGAAAUAUUGGACAUUGUCUUGGGAUGUGGUUUAGUAUUUGAAGAAUAACUGCAUCUAUAUCUAAUCAAAAGUUUUAUAAAUUUUAUUGUCACUGUCCUCAUUUUAUUAGAAAAAUAUCCGAGUUGAAUUGAUGUGAAUGUCGGUUAUAUCACGUAUUGUAUGAUUUAUGUUUCAUCCAUUUUGCAUAUCUGACUGCGUCUUUACAAGUUAUGUAUCACAUAUUAGAUCAGUUUGUGAUUUAUCUCAUUUAUCGUACCUAAUGCAUGAAGUUUUUCCUUUACAAGGUUUGUGAGAGAUCAUUGAGUGGUUCUGGGGGUGGUCCAUGUGCAUCCACUGCUCAUCAGUUUGUACGAGCUGAGAUGCUCCCUAGUGGUUUUCUCAUACGCCCGUGUGAUGGAGGAAGUUCAAUUGUGCAUAUAGUGGAUCAUCUAGACCUUGAGGUUUGUAUCAUUUCGCAUCACUUUUGUUUCUUAGUUGUGGAUGUCUGGUUGAUUUUAUUUUUUUUAAUAGCCAUGGAGUGUGCCUGAGGUUCUGCGGCCUCUUUAUGAGUCAUCGAAGGUUGUUGCUCAGAAGAUGACGACUGCAGUAAGUAACCGAGUUUUUAUUGCCUUACUGUGGCCGAAACACUAAUUUUUCUCUGUUGCCUAUAUUUCCUUAUGAUUGAUUUCUAUUUUAUUUUAUUUUUUUUAUCUUUUUCAUUGCUCUAAGAUUUUGUCCCUUUCAUUAUCCAGUGGAGGCGUAUAACCUUUCUAUGUAAAGUUAAAUGAAUGUUUUUUAAAAUGUGAAGGCACUGCACCAUAUCAGACAAAUUGCACAGGAGACCAGUGGCGAAGUUGUGUAUGCUUUGGGAAGACAACCUGCUGUUUUAAGAACAUUUAGUCAAAGAUUAGGCAGGUAAAACCCAUGAAAUUUUGCCUCCCCAUGCUAAGAAAUAUUCAUUUUAUUACCAGCCACUUGAAUACGUAUUUUUUUUUUAUUAGUAGGGAUAGGGAGGUAUAUCCCCCAACUCCCCUUUUCUUUAGACUCGAGAAAGUUUGACAUUCUCUUGGUAAUAAACCUGUACUUUUAUCAUUUAAGACAUUGCUCCUUAUUUUCCUCCAGAGGUUUCAAUGAUGCCAUAAAUGGCUUCGUUGACGACGGGUGGGCGCUGAUAGCUUGUGAUGGUGUAGAAGACGUUGUUACUGCCACUAAAUCAAUCAAGAGUGGUAGUGUUUAUGUGAAUUCUUCUGGUGCCUUUCCAACGUCUGGGGGAAUUUUAUGUGCAAAAGCAUCCAUGCUACUUCAAGUAAGUUCCACCUAUCUUUGUUUAGAAUGUUAUGCAUCAUUGUAAUAAUCACAUGGCGAUAUGCAUAACCUAGCAUAUUGCAAACCUUGGGAUAGUCUGCGCUGGCUAUUGUGUGUUUUUCCAAGGCAAGGCGCCUCUUCCGAAUUUUCUUUUUAACUGAGUUGAUCCUUUGGAAUGGAUCAUUCUCCACCUGAGGAUUAUCUUGUAGACGUGAAUUUUGCCCUUUGGAAUGAGCUUGGAUGUUUAGCUUUCUGUUGAGAAUUAUAAAACAUCGUUUUAUAGUUUUUGGUGUGUAAAACUUUUUUCCCAUGUCCGCAUUAUCUGGCAAUGCGUCUAGUUUCCUAGUUAUCAGUUUCUUCACGUCGCAAAACCCUCCGAGAUAACAGUUCUGGUAUCUUUUUUAUUGAUACUCAUAGUUUUCUCUCAACAUUCCCUUUUUAAGUGUGACAAAAUGCCAUCCCUUUUAUGUCGGGCUCUUUGCCCAAAAUUGUGUUAUUUCAUCCAAAUAUUGGUGGAAAUAUUUUAAACGAACUAACUUCAUUUUAUUUUUUUACUGAACUUUCUUAAGUUACCCUCGCUUGUGAUCCCACACGACGAAGCCUAUUAUAAAGAAGAAGGUUGGACUACAAAUGUUUUUGACUGGAAACCUAAUUGGGUGGCUUUGCUAACACAGCUGAAAGAAUGUGACGCCUAUUGAUGUCAAACAAGUUAUCCUGUGGUUGGGGAAUAUGCUCCUAUUUUAACCACUGAAUAUAAAGUUUUCCUUUCCUCUUGCGACUGCCAUACUGAUGUGCGCUUAUGAUCUGUACAGAAUGUUCCUCCUGGACUGUUGUUUCGUUUCAUGAGGGAGCACCGCUCUGAAUGGGCAGAUUAUAAUGUGGAUGCAUUCACUGCUGGAUCAUUGAAAAAUGGAUCGUGCUCUUUUCCAGAACUGAGGCCUAUAAAGUUCUCAGGAAACCAGGUUAUCAUGCCGCUUGCGCAUACUGUGGAAGAUGAAGAGGUCAUUUACCCAUUUAAUUUUACCUUAUUUUUAGCAUCGAUAUUGAGAAUUGAAUUUUUGGGAGAGGAAAGAGGGGGGGGGGUUCUUCUCUAUCAUGUGAAGAAGCAUUCUCACAUAGAGGUACGAUUUAGAGAACCCUGGAGGUAAAAUAAUCAAAUUCUAGGUCUAGAUUGUUUCAAUCAAUGCAUGACUGUAAAGCUCACGGGUGUCUCCAUGUCUGGUUUCUUAUUUUGGUUAUCUCAGUCGUGCAAUUUUUUUUCCCUACCUUGCAGUUCCUUGAGGUAAUUAAACUCGAAGGCCACGCUCAGGAUGACUGUACAGUUUCUCAGGACGUGCACCUGCUACAGGUACGCGCUUACCAUAAAGAUGGCCACUCAGCUAACGAAAAUAUUAUAAUGGUCUCCGUCUCGCAGUUCAGUAGCAUUUCUGCUUGCGCUAAUAUAAUUUAGCUGUCGAUGAAUGCCGAAUUAUCUUAUCACUACUAGUCCUCGUUUCUUCUGGUUUGCGUACGAAAACAGUUUGUCUCACCUGGUGCUUGUUAGGUUUGGAUCAAAAAUAGCUGCCCCUGCUCCUUUAAUACCACUUCUGUUGUAGUUAAAUCGAGUUAUCAAGGUAUAUGUCAUCACCUUUUUCGAUUUUGGUCGUUGUCGCAGGUCUGCAGCGGCAUGGAUGAGAAGGCCGCUGGAGCGUGUUGUCAGCUCGUUUUUGCCCCCAUUGACGAGCUAUUCCCAGAUGAUGCAUCCCUCCUGCCUUCUGGUUUUCGAGUUAUACCACUAGACGUGAAAAAUGUGAGCCCAGAUCUUGACCCCUCCGCGCGUGAGAUUAUCAGAUGGUAGCAAACGUGGUCGGUAUUCGUUUUGUAGAAAACGCGACGCGAGAUACUCUUAUUAGCUUUAUUCUGUGCCUCGUGAUCGGUUUCUUCUGUGCUUAGAUUUUGCAUCUCUAUUUUAUGGUAUUUUACUUCUCAAGUCGUCGAUUUUUAUAUGAUACCAGGACGGUUUGUCUUCCACCCGUACGCUGGAUCUGGCUUCUAUUCUUGAAGACGGUUCUGCUAGCCGCGCUUCCAGAGAUGCCCGCGCUGUGGCCGACAGCGUCCGCUCCAUUCUGCUCAUUGCUUUUCAAUUCCCAUACGAAGAGCACCUCCAGGAGAGCGUUGCUGCAAUGGCCCGACAGUACAUCCGCGGCGUCGUCUCUUCCGUGCAGAGGAUCUCCAUGGCAAUCAGCUCUUCGUGGCUUGGUUCUCACCCCGCCCAGAAGCUCACGCCUGGUUCCCCUGAAGCCUUGACCCUCGCCCACUGGAUUUGCCGGAGCUACAGGCAAGUCCUUCUCCCCCUCCCUUUAAUUUGAUGCCAGGACUGUAGCUAGACAGUGUUCAAUCCAUAGCUUCUACCGUUAGCGAGCUAGAUGUCUAUUCGGUGAGGUCAUGGUUUCUUUCUCUGCUCGGAAAUGAUGCUCGUCGGUCGGUCUGUUGCGCAGCUUCCACACGGGGGUGGAUCUUCUGGGUUCCGCCGGUGAGAUGGGGGAGUCGCUGCUCAAGAUGCUAUGGCACCAUGACGAUGCAAUCUUGUGCUGCUCUUUGAAGGUACGCUUAAGAACCGACCCCAUUCAUCUUAUUUCUCCGAAACACGCUUUUCUAAGACGAUCGGGCCCCGUUCUUCCCAGGCCAUGCCGGUCUUCACGUUCGCCAACCAGGCAGGACUGGACAUGCUGGAGACAACCCUGGUGGCUCUGCAGGACAUCACUCUGGACAAGAUCUUUGAUGAACCCGGGAGAAGGGCCCUCUGUUCCGAGUUCACGCAGCUAAUGCAGCAGGUAGCGUCCGAUCUUCUGCUACCAUUUAUUGAACACUCAAUAACAGUAUCUCCAUUAAACUCACCUUAGAAUCUACUUUGUCUGAUCUUAAGGGCCCCGGCUGCUGUUGUUGACCCACCCACGUUUCUUUCUUUCGCAGGGCUGCGCGAGGCUACCAGGGGGGGAGUGCAUGUCGGGCAUGGGCCGCCGAGUCUCCUUCGAGCGGGCCGUCGCCUGGAAGGUUCUCGCCGAAGAUGGCACGGAGCACUGCCUUGCCUUCUCCUUCGUCAACUGGUCCUUCCUGUGA